AUGAAGCAUAAAUUUCACCUUUGUUAUAAUCCUUCAAUCGACGUUCAAGUUCCAUCAACAUCCACACCUACUCCAUCAUCAAAAUCAAAAUCCAAUCCAUAUCCAGAACAAAACCCAAUCCAUAUCGGCAAUCCAUAUCCAAAUAUUGGAAUAAUUGGUGUCGCCAACCUUUCAAUAACUCCAAUAUAUGCUCAACAUAUCUGA